UUCUUCGCGGAGAAUAACAGUUGGGUUUAUGCUGGAGUAUUUCGAGGAAUACUGCACUGGAGAGUUAAAAGAGGAUCCUCUGAGUUAUGUUUAAGGUGACCGUGGGGUAUCUUACGGUGUAUGGAAAGCAAAUUCGGGCAGAAAUGGGUCUUGGAAUUCAGAUUUAGGCCAGGUUUCUUCUGGAACCAACAAGGAUAUUCCAGAGCCAUAACUGAGUCUACGGCUUUUCUAAGCCCUCUCCAGCCUUUCCUGACCUGAAAUUUGGGACAACCCAGCAGGGACAGACAACUUCCAGCAACCACAGGGGAUGCCACUGCUCAGCUGCAUCUGAAACGAGCUCCUUCUCACAAGGUUUUGUGUAGGUUCUGUGCAGCGAUGGGGAAACUGCAAAGCAAACUCAAACACAGCACUUACAAAUACAGCAGGCCUGACGGGAUUUUAGAGGAGAGAAUUCAAACUAAAGCUUGUCUGGAGUAUGGCCCAGCCCACGCGGAUAGUGUCUCUGUCGUUGCUGCUCUGAACUCAGACCUGUGUGUCUCUGGAGGAAAAGAUAAGACAGUGGUGGCCUAUAACUGGAAGAGCGGGGAUGUGGUGAAAAGGUUCAGAGGACAUGAACGAGAGGUCACGAAGAUAGCCUGUAUUCACGGAUCCAGCCUGUUCUUUAGCGCCUCUCGAGACAGGACAGCCAGGAUGUGGGACCUGCGUGGCCCCGCCCAGCCAAGGCAACAGUUCUCUGGCCAUGCCAUGGUGGUCACUGGAUUGGCUGUGAGUCCAGACUCGUCACAGCUGUGCACUGGCUCCCGGGACAACACCCUGCUCCUAUGGGACGUUGGGACUGGACAGUGUAUGGAUAGAGCUUCCAUCUCCAGGAACCUGGUCACUCACCUGUGCUGGGUCCCCCAAGAACCAUAUGUACUACAGACUUCUGAAGAUAAAACCAUCAGGUUAUGGGAUAGCCGGGGGCUGCAGGUGGCUCACGUAUUUCCCGCAAAGCAGCAUAUUCAGACCUACUGCGAGGUCAGUGAGGAUGGACACAAGUGUGUCUCCUGCAGCAACGGCUUUGGAGGGGAAGGCUGCGAAGCCACGCUGUGGGACUUAAGGCAGACACGAAACAGAAUAUGUGAAUAUAAGGGGCAUUUCCAGACUGUUGCAUCCUGUGUCUUUCUACCAAGAGCGCUGGCCUCGAUGCCUAUAAUUGCUACCUCAUCCCAUGACUGCAAAGUGAAGAUUUGGAACCAAGACACUGGAGCCUGCCUGUUCACCUUGUCCCUGGAUGGAUCAGGACCCUUGACUUCUCUGGCUGUUGGUGACACCAUCUCCUUACUGUGUGCAAGUUUCAACAAAGGAAUUCACCUGCUCAGAGUGGAGCGCAGCCAAGGGCUGGAGCUGCAGGAAGUGGCAGCCUUCUGAGGCCAGGAGGCACGCACUGACAAUAUCAAACGUGGCCC